GUAAGCGGUGCAGAGGCCAGACGGAGUGUGACAGAGCGCUUUUGUUUAUUGAGCAGAAAGGAAAGUCACACAAGCUGAAUAGGAGAAUGCUGCCUGCCUAUGCACUGCUGGUGAGCUGCAGCCUCGCGCUUGGGGCCGGCUUCAGGAGGACCCUAGAGAAGAAGCAGUACCGCAUCCAGAGUGGCCCCUGCAGCUACACCUUCCUGCUGCCCGAGACGGACACCUGCCCUCCAGCCAGCGAGCUGCCCCAGGAGGACCAGCCCGCGCAGGGUGAAGACUCUAUGCAGCGUCUGGAGCAGCUGGAGACCAUCAUGGAGAACAACACGCAGUGGCUGCACAAGCUGGAGACAUACAUCCAGGACAGCAUGAAGCAGGAGAUGGUGCAGAUCCAGCAGACAGCUGUGCACAACCACACGGCAGCCAUGAUCGAGUUUGGGACCAACCUCUUGAGUCAGACCAGAAAGCUAACCAGCGUGGAGGCUAAGGUUAUAAAUCAAACAGCGAGGCUUGAACUGCAGCUCCUCGAAAACUCCCUGUCAACAAACAAACUGGAGAAACAGAUCCUCCUCCAAACGAAUGAAAUAAACAAACUCAACGACAAGAACAACUUUCUGGAGAGGCGUGUGGAGGAGAUGGUAGGCCAGCGGCAGGAGGAGCUGAAGGCAUUGCGCGAGCAGGAGGAGCAGCUACAGCAGCUGGUGCAGCAGCAGGCGGGUGUCAUGGAGGAGCUCGUGCAGGAACUGCGAAGUGCCACCUCCAACAACUCAGCCCUGCAGCGCCAGCAGGAGGAGUUGCUGCGUACCGUCAACGGCCUCGUGGCCGUCAUCGCCAUACCGCCCAAGGCGUCAGCCAUGACGCAGGAAGCCUCAGCUCUGUACAAAGACUGUGCCGCCCUCUACAAGGCGGGCAAGACGAAGAGCGGAGUCUACAUGCUGGCGGCUGGCAACAGCACGCAGAGGAUCAAGGCUUACUGCGACAUGGAAACUGAAGGCGGUGGAUGGACCGUGCUGCAGAAACGCUUCGACGGCCGAGUCGAUUUCCAUCGCACAUGGAACGAGUACAAGACGGGCUUCGGGGAUCCUGCAGGAGAGUACUGGCUGGGGAACGACUUCAUAUUUCAACUGACCAACCCUAACCCUUAUGUCCUGAGAAUCCAGCUAAUGGACUGGGAGGGGAACUCGGCAUUCUCCCAGUAUGACCAGUUUGCUCUAAACAGCGAGGCCCAGAAAUACAGGAUACACCUUAAAGGUUACGCUGGAACAGCGGGUAAAACCAGUAGCUUUGGUCAGCCGGGAAGCGAUUUCAGCACGAAGGAUGCAGACAAUGACAAAUGCGUCUGCAAAUGUUCCCAGCUGACAACGGGAGGUAAGAACCCCCGGCGAGAGUCGUUCCAUCUUCAGAGUCACAUUUGUGUCUCUGCACCUGACGGCAGCAUGCAGCUGAACUUGAGAUUGCUCUCGAAAAGGGAGCUCUGCUCAUACCAAAAAAAUCCACCCUGCUCGUUGCCAGGUCAGGGCUCUGAAGCAGGAUUAGGCCGGAGUUAAUCAGAGGCUCAUUUGGGAAUUGUGGGCCAGGGGAGGGGCUGACAUUAACAGCCUGGGAACCAGGGGGGUUCUCCGAAGCUGAGCGGAUGUCCUGGGCAACAUGCAGGCGGGGCGUGUGGGAUUGGCAGGCUGCCGGUUCAUUGCGGUGACCCUUUCUCUUGCUGGCGGCACUGACCCCGUGGCCCGUCACUCAGGCAUCCCGGCUCGCCUCUGGGAAUCACUGGGAAUGAACAUCUGUGCCAGAACGGCGGGUAGGACAGGCGGCUUCUCUGCCAAUAAGCUCCUUAAAGGAACAGGAGAAGUCCCUCUUAACAGGGAACCCUGUUAUCCCAAGGGUUCACGAAAAACACACAGGCUAAACUCUAGGAACUUGGGAAUGACAAUAUGAUCUUGUCUUAAAUCAGCACUAAACUGCGUUUCUGUUGUAGGCUGGUGGUUCGAUGCCUGUGGCCCAUCCAACCUGAAUGGUAUAUAUUACCAACAGGGUCAGAACACAAACCGCUUCAACGGGAUCAAGUGGUACUACUGGAAAGGCUCAGGCUACUCGCUGAAAGCCACAUCUAUGAUGAU